UGGAGAGUUGCUUCAGCAUAUGGCAACGAAGGAUGAGUCUUGACAGUGACGUUGCAAGUCUGUCGUUUAUAUCAGUUGUGCAUGCCGCGACGAAGAUCAGCUGUUUCGUGCUCACGGAAAUCGUAGCGGGAGAGACAAUUUCGCGCAAGGCAAAGGGCACAUUUUUCGUGAACUGAACGAACAGUCCACCUUACUGCCCGCCUAGACUAUUCCAAUCAGAUUCCACUGGCACACAGACAGCCACACAGCGCUGCAGCACCAGCGGAUGUAACGAGUGGGGCAGUGAGGGCAUUGCGUGAGCGAACGAAAACUGACGACGUGCUGAUUUGCACGAGGCAUCAGCCUGACCUCGAACCACUUCGGAAUUGGUUGAAAAGUGUUUCAAAUAUUAGCUUGGUGUCCUAAGCAGUAGGGUCUGGCGUGGAUAAAUUAAUCAUGACUGAUGAGGUGAAGGAUCCUGUCGUAAUGGCAAGCUCAUCAGUACGGUUUGAUGAUGAAUCACAUUCUGAGAAAUUGGCUCGGAAAGCGAAGGAAGCUCCGUUUGUUCCAAUAGGUUUAUUAGGGUUUGCUGGAGUGGUGGCUUAUGGUGCUUACAAGUAUAAGCAUCGUGGUGGCAUGUCAACAUCAGUUUUUCUAAUGCAGUUGAGAGUUGCUGCCCAAGGCACGGUUGUGGCCUGUCUUACAGCAGGCUUGGCUUAUGGCAUGGCAAGGCAAUACUUAUUCAAGAGUGGUGAAAAGAAAGAGUAGGUUCAAGUUCUCAGACCAUUCAAUUAAAUAUAGUGAAGCAGGAUAGAGUAGUUUCUAUCCUGCAGAGAAUUAAUGAAUUCGUAGAGUAGAAGUGUGUAUUGCAUUAUAUAUCAUAAAACGUUCAGUGUUGUGAUACAUUGUAUGCUAAUGCACUUCUUCCAUUGUUAGAAUGAAAUGAAUGGUUGCAUUUCCUUCCUAUAAGUGAUGAAGUGAGUGGGGAAAGAAGAUAUAAGCUGCGGGCAGCUUACGAUAUAUUUGAGUGUGUUGAUAACUGUUGUUUUCAAUGAAGCCUUGAUUUAUCAAUCUUAUCUGAAUGUCAUUCUCAAAUAAAAUUAACUUCUUCGCAUUGGUGAAAAUGUGGGUGUGUUAAUAGUGUUAUUUUUUAAAGCAUCUUUAUUCAUGCUUGUAAAAAUCAUUGCAAAAUUGACUUUUGAAGUAAAGUAAUUACUAGUCACAUUGACAUUCUUAUUCACUUAUUUUAUUUUAACAUGCAUGGGAAACAAUAUCUUCGUCAUCUGCUCCCAGUCACAUAGAGAAAAUUAAUAUUGAUGUUAAGCACUAAGCGUAAGAGUGAAUGUAAAUUAGAUCAGGUGGCAGAAAGUUUUUGAAAUUAUUUUAUUAUUGAAAGUUGUUCAGGAUUAAUUUGAAAAGUAAGUGUACCGAAACUAAGGAAUAAUAAACAUUGAUAAUAAAUUUAGGCGAGAUGGAAUUACGAAAAUAAAAGGGAAAUUCUUCUGAAUAAAAUGGCUUCUAUCAUUUAAAUUGUAAAAUCUCAGAUCUGGAGUUGGUAAAAGUCUGGAUGGGUUUGUUGCAUAUCAAUUUUAUUUUGUUGAUAGAUGUGUGUGACUUAAAAUGAGGGGCCCCCUUUUUCAUUAAACUUUUUAUCUACAGUGAACAUAUUUAACUGGGAAAUAAAGAAAAUAUACUAUUGAGAAAAUUAAAUUAUAAACUUAGUGAUUCAAUAUCAUAAAAUUCUAUUGAUUUAAUGUUGAACCACUGGAUUACCAGAUGGUUUGGGAAGCAUCUUCCCCAAAUGUUGGCUAUCUAGAUUUAGAUUUAUUUUGCCAAAAACAAAAAAACCCAGUAAAAACUGUAUGUGAUGUAUGGGGGAGAAGAUCAUCUGUGCAAGUUUUCUUGAGUUCCAGAAUCUCUUUUCCAUCAUUUUAACUAUAAAUAGUUGAAAGAUGAGUAAAAGUUGAAGAUGAUAAAUAAAAUUUUUAAAAAAAGUGAGAUUAGCAACAUUUGAAACACAACUAUUAAUUGUCAAUUUAAGAAACGGGAAAAUCUGGAAUUGUUCAUUUUUUCUGAAGUAAAUAAUUGUAUUACAUAGUGCUAGCCCUUUCAAAUUUCUCAAGCCCCUCCUAUGCACGUACGUAUGAUUUUGUUGCAUUUUCUUUUUAGCACUUGCAAUAUAACGUAAAGUCACUCAGCUGAGGUUUUGCACAUGAUUUUCUUACAUAUUCCUUUCUUGUAUUGUAUUCUAUGGAAGUGUUUAAUGCAUAAUACGUUCCUAAGUUCACUGUCAUCCCAAAGGGUGCAGGUGAAAGAGCCAGAACCCUUUUGUACCAAACAGAAAAAAUAUCAAAAAUGCUGAGAAAUAAUGUACCAUGUAAUUCUAUUUUUAUCAAUUAACUUUAUUUAAAUUUUUGAUAAUUCUUUUUGCAUACUAUAAAAAAUUGAUUAGCUCUCCUUCAGAUAUUCAUAGGAGUGGCUGGUAAAUUUGCCAUGACCCUUGAGGAAUUUACCUUUGAUGCUUUCCCAUGACGAAGAUGAACUUUUUUGUAACAUGUACCAUUGAGAAGUAACUUUUUGAACUGAAUAUCGGUUUUCUUAUGAACGUCAAGUAUUUUUUCCUAACACGAAAGAAUAUUUGUAGUGACAUUACAAUGACUUGGAUGUGAAGUGUUCUGUAAAGUAAUAAUUAUCGUAAUCAGGUUUCUACUCUUUGCAAGGUAGUGAUGACCACUUUGUGGGUAAUCACAAUGACAUUGAUAUUGUAAUUAUUUUAAGAUAUUUAGAAUCUAUCUGAAUUUGUAUUUAUUUAUUUAUUUAUUGUACAUUAAAAGUAUUUUAGAAAAGUGUAAGAAUGUAAUUGAAGAAGUGGAAAGGAAGGAGUGUUUACCUGCUACAAAAGACGGAUAACUUUUGUGAUUGAUUGUUAUUUGAGAAAUGUUGCAGAACUUCAUAGUGUGUAUUUUUCCUUAGCUUUGGUGCUUAAUGAAGUAUUGGUUUCCUCAGUUUCUGAAAAACAUAAUAAAAAUAUAUUUUUGUGUAAAUUAUUUU